CCCCCCACUCCAGUCCCGAAGGUGGCGGUAAUGGACCACAAGUUGUUUUUAAAACUGCCAUUAAAUACAAGAAGAAGAACCGGUUGUUUUAUAAAACAACUAUGCACAGUGCAUUUAAAAUGGUUGCCGUUUAAAUUAGUUAACUGUUAUUUCGUUUAUAUUCAGGGAGCUUGAAUUAGGUGAUUAACUAGUUCUGAACUACUCCACUAAACUCAUGUAUGAUCAGUGCUGUUCAGAAAGUGCGAUUAACAGAUUGAUAAUUUAAACUAGUUUUACUGUUUUGUAAAAUGAUUGUUAGAUGCCAGGCUAGAUAACAGCAAGCACACUGACCCAACUUGCUACUUUUUAUUUUAAUUGCACUUAUCCAGCUUGCGUUCCAUGACUGCGCUACAGUAUGGUCUCUGGUCAUACGCAGCUCAUAUGCUCGGUGUUGUCUCUUCGAGAUUCUUGUGUUUUGUAUCCCUCCUGUCCACAGUGCGUUUCCAGGUUGCAAAAGAAGCAUCCGGAACUAAGGUUUUAUGAUGAUGCACUGAGAACUGCAGAAGAUCCACAUGGUGACUGUGUACGUAGACUGUUACUCAAGGCAGUGGAAGACUGCUUUGUUGGGCGACAGUUUGAGUUUGGAAUUAAGCUAACUGGACAUAAAACAGGGGAGAGAUCCUUGUUUAAUGAGCAAGGGCUCCCUGAAUUGUUUGCCAGCAACAGAAUCUCUGGAGAAUUUGUUGCUAGUCGGAUCACCUUGCCAAAUGGAGCUGCUGGAGGAAGCUCCGUUCUCAGCUACUUCAAGAAACUGCUGCAGGCGUCAUGUGUUGUUCUUGACUGUGGUUUGCCGAACCCUGAGAGGCCUUCAGUCUCCCUAGAACACACUGACUCCCUGGCACCGAAAAGCUUUGAUUGCUCAUUGGCCUCCUUCAGCGGAUCAUCUUCAUGGCACAGCUACAAUGUGCACUACUUUCCCAAGUACUGGAAAAGAUCACCUGGGAUAAUCAAUUCUUCAGCAGAGCAGGAAGAGCACUCUUACUCGAUGCAACAAAAUGGAACUGAUGUUGGUUCGCAGUGGUGGUGCAGAAAAUCUCAUAAAUGUUCUCCUGGUGCCCCCUCUUAUGUCUUGUCCCCUCAGAACUGCUCACUGGAUGUAAAGGGGGAAGAGAAUUAUAAUGACUGUUCCCAAGGAAGCGGAAUGGGUGACUCUAGAGAAACUGCUGAGUCCUCACCCUCAAAUAGCUUCCAGCGCAGUCACUUCUCAUUGCCUGAUACUCUUGAACUAACAUCAUCCGUCACUGAAUCUGAGAAACACAAGUCUCCACACCCUGGCAAGGUUGAACAAGUUGAACUUGGACAAAAUGAACAUCUGGGUUUAAAACUUAGGUGGAGAGGUGUGUUUUCUCUGGGAAAAGAUGACAUGUCUUCUUUCCAAGAAGGAUUAUCAGUUUGCGGGUGGAACAGCAAGUUAUCAAAUUCUUCAGCUUGGGCGGAUCUCCCUUUCUCUGAAAGCUGGGGAGAAUUUAUCAGUGAAGCUAACAGGCCCUCUGAGGUAUCUCAAGAGAACAAGGCAUGUGAUUCAGCCAAGAAAAUAGAGGCAAAGUUAAGUGAAGCAGGCUGCGUUGAUAAAAUACACAGCUGUGCAAAUUUCCAUCUAGCUAAUGCCAGCAGUGCCACUGAGCAUUCAUGCAAUUUCAUAAUCUUAUCAGGAGGAACCACUUCAUAUCUUUGUAGUGCCCAGGUCAGAGAGCAAGACUCUGUGGCUGUGGUGCAGCAGCCUUUCAUAAAAUCUCCUGGGGUGUGUUGCACAGAAAACAGCAACUUAUCUGCAAAUGACCCUGAUGUAAAAUACAACAAUGUGUUCAGAGCUCACAUAUCUACCUCAGAUCAUCUUGGUUAUGCCUCAGAAGAUCAGGAGAUACGAAAGGGGGACUUGAGCCGCUCCGUGCCAGGUUUAAGGGGUUUGACUGCUCAGGGUCAGUGUAACAACAAGGUCCAAAAUGAAAUCAAAGAAUUCAGUUGUGUGGGGGGUGAGGCUAAGACAUGGGGCACAGUUUUCCAUAAGGACUACUGCAUUUCUGAACACAAGCUGGAUGGACAUGGUGCAUCAGUUUGCGAUUUUGGAUGGGAAGAGCAAGCAAUGCCGAACAGAGGACCCUUUUAUGGCAAAGAUGCUUACAAUGCCUCUGCCGAUCUGUUUGGCAUCUGUCAAAACAGUGUCAGCAUUGUAGAGGAAGGAGACAAAAGGGCAACACCACAAUCAGAAUGCAGGGCAUUGAAGUUUUUGAGGAGCUGUCGUCCACUUGUGGAUGCAUACUGUGGGGAUCAUUCGAUGCCGAUAGAGAAGGUACAUAAACUCAGAACCGACAAGUGCAGGCUGGGAUCAGAAAUUUCUGACCCUCUGGACUUUGUCCCUUUUUCGCAGUCGACUCCCAUUUCAAGAAACCUCAUUCCUGUACGUCGUCUUCCACAUAGAGGCAAAGACCAGACACCCAGCAGAGGUAACGUGUCAUCAUGGCAUCAUGGAUGCUCCAAAACAGAGUCUGAAAAUACCAAAGAAAAUGUGAGAGACCGUGGCUCUGAAGAUACAGUUCCUUUGUCAAUGGCUAAGAUUAGAUGCUCAUCCACACUACAGAGUCUGACCAGAAGCAUAAAGAGAACUGACCCUGUAGUCAGAUAUCGCUGCAAAAGAAUCCUGUUGGCAAGCAGGGGAAGAAAAUCAUGCAGGAAGAUUCUGAGCAGCAGAAUUGAUAACAUCUGUGAAAACACCAUAGGGACUAAGAUUAGGUGUACCUUAGGCGAUUCAGUGUGUGUUCCAUCUAGCCCAAAGUGGAAGAAUUGUGUUAAAAGUGCACAUUUAGGAAGUGAAGGACAAAGAGUUGCAGAGGUGGCAACCUCCUCUAAAUCUACAGCUAGUGAGAACACCAGUACCUCCCACCUCUGUACUGAUCCGGGCGGUAUGGCCCUUGAUUGGUCUGCUGACCUUUUUGUGGAUUCCUUUGGAAUUUAAUUUGCAGUAAAGAAGAAUCUUGCAGCCUUUGGACAGUUUUUGUCGCUAAUCUCUACAAAUUAUUUAAAGGUAGCAUGGUAAAAUUGUAUUUUAGAGAAUACCCAAGUAUGUGCAUACACUUAAAAAAACAACAAAAAAAAAAACCACGCAGAAUCACUUUAUUACUGGGUGUGAGUUUGGGUGUGAGCUUUGAUCAGCUCUUUAUAUUCACAAAUUAUGGAACACAUACAAAGAAACACUAUGACUAAUAUUGAAGCAAAAACUUGGUUAAGUUAAUUAACUGCUUUGACUGGCCAUUAUUUGUAUGCUUACUGACUACAUGGUGAAUGAUAUUCAUUAUUAAACCAAUGUAUUCCAUACGAGUUACCAUCGUUACAGUCCUUAAACUUUGUUCCAUCACAAGACCAGCAGUAGAUACCCUUGGCAGUAUACUCAGUAAGAAGAAAGAACUUAAGGAUUGAGAACCACCGGCGAACAUGUCCACGAACACUGUUGUCAGUAUACUCAGUGAGAACACCACACUGUUUAAAGUCACUCCAUGCCGCUGGGCUGUGAAUAAUUACGAAUAAUUACGAGGCAGCUAUUGACCGGGGCUGCAAUCUCGCCCAGACCUGCGUCUCGCGGCUACGCCAUGGAUGUAUAAAGAGAAGGGCUACGUGAGAUCACAACACAAAACAAAAAGUUUAAAGUGUUUAAAGUGGCUUUAGUUCAUCUAGUUAUGCAAAAGUAGAAAAAAAGGGGGAAGGGGGGAUGGUACGUUCGCCCUCUAAAUCAGAGUAGGACGGAGAAUGGAGAGUUUUGUCUGUACAUUCGGCAAAUGCGGAGUUUAGACGAGGGGGUCCACUUUCUCUUAUUUCCGAGAAUGUGUGCUAGGCGUUUUGAUGACUUGCUGAAACGAGUAGCACCAUUCAUCAAACAUGCGGGAACUCACAGAAUUCCCAUCUCUACAGAAGAGGGAUUGGCGUUGACUCUUCGUACAUUAGCAUGUGAAGUCUGCCCUCUGAACACUCAACCGUGACCUAACGAACCAUGUGAUGUGAACGGACCAAUAGCUGAGAGGGGGAGGUCAGAGAACAAGAAAGAAGUUUUCCAAAAGUUCUCCCUGGAGGCCGUCGCACACUGCACCAUAUGAACACACAACAGCGCGUCUUUUUGUUCUUCAGUUGUUCUCAUUGCUUCGUUUUGCUCAAAAGGUUCUACUUCUUACGAAGUAUACUGCCAACUUUAAAUAUGCUGCAGUGAGUAUAUUUAAAUAUAUGUGUUUUGUUUAAUCCUAAAAAAAAUUGCCAAACCCUGAUAAAUUACCCAAUUUUGGAAUGUAUAUAUUUUUUAUUCCCUGCUAUUGGCUAAUUCAGAAGAUUUUUUCUUUUUUAAUGGGUAAGUUGUGCAAAUCACUACAGAAAAGAACUUGUGGCUCACGCAAAAACAAGCAGAAAUGAGACACUGUCCAAUGAUAAAAACUGGAAAUGUGUAUCUUGUGUCAUAACUGUGCAUUGGGCCCAUCUAAAAUCAGCUUGUCCUUGUUCAUUUUGGAGAACCAACUCCCAACUCUCAAUUAAAAAAAAAAAAACCAAACUCUCAACACAAACUGUAUGUUAUCUAGAAUGUGAUAGUCUAAAACGGCAUUCAUCUAAGUACUAAAGUUGAAAUGAAACACAACAUUAAUCCUGAUUUCUUCAUGAAGGAAUAGAUGGGAAUAAUCUUUUAGAUAUGAGUGUUGUAAUUAUUGGUAUUUUGUGGCCACGAUGUAAUGACAUUCUAUUGUGCGCCAUUAUGGAAUUUCCCUGAAUUGCAAUGAAUUAAAUUCCACUUCCUGCCAUUCCAAUUAAAAUUCCAGUUCAACAUC